AUGAAACAGAUCGAGCCACCAUACAGCGGCUCUCAGUGGUCACAAUGGUCCCUACAUAACUCGGGACUAUACUACUACCGAGCUCGAUAUAUAUCGUUAGAGGACAUCUCAUCAAUACGACCUACUGGCAGGGACUGGUUUGUUCCCAAUGUCCGAGGCGGAUACAUUCAUUAUGAAUCCAGGGCCGCCAAUGAGGCCGCAACCCAGAGACCUUCGAUUCAAGUCCCAGAACUUUCGACAUGCUCUACCGCAACAACGCCAACAACCAGUGACACGCCGGCUCCCUUACCAGCAGCAUCAGGUCAAAAUAACGAGGUUGUUGCUACCAAGGCGUUGCCAGACAACAGCUUGCUGAUGAGCGGUGCUUUGCAGUCAGAAGUAGACACGACAGAAACAGUUGUGGUUAUAUCAAGUCCUACUCAACUGAAGCGGUCGUCAACAACGUCAAAAAAGCAGAAAGAGAAAAAGAAGCACGGAAAGAAGAUGGAAGUGGAUAAGAGAAAGCAGGUCAGCAAUAAGGCCAAGGUUAAUAAAUGGUUGGAUGCUUUAUGA